CCGAGGGAGAAGAUGUCUGCCUGGGCCGUGUAGGUCAGUCCACCCCACACCUCGGGAGCCAUGUAGAAGUCGGAGCCACAGGUGGAGGAGAAGUGCUGCCUGGUCAGGUCCCCAUCCACCAGACCUUCACUCAUCUUACUCAGACCAAAGUCUGCCACCUAAAAAUAUCUGGAUGCAGACAUUGGGCAUAAUAUAAAAGAAAAAUGAAGAAUUUGUUGGCAAGUCUUUUCCGGGAACCACGCAAGAGGAGCAAUGAAGAACUUCACGACAAAUUCAAUAAAGGUGAAAGUCCCACACUGCCAUAAACCAUUGCAGAGAUCCUCCGCUGCCCUGUUUCGCAUCGUUGGGUUUCAUUGUGGGGGAGAAAGUUAAAACACGUCAGCUGGAUCAGAUGGAGAGCAGACACGCCGAGCUGAAAUGGACGCGUCAAACACCGCUCAGACUGGAGCCACAUCCCGAAGGCACAAGUUCCCAGAUUGUCCCACCGUUGAACUCUGACUCUUGUUUUCUUCCUGCUGGGCUCCUGUUUGUCCCUGCCUGUCUGGGUGUGCCGAGCCAUGAAGUUCCCUCUGUGGUGCCUGGUGGUGCUGCUGGCAUGUCUCUUCACCCCUGGACGCAGUGACUGCCAGGGGCAAUGUGCGGCCUGCGGUCUGCUCCUGCAGCAGCAGCAGAAGCAACAGCUGCUGCAAGCCUUUAACGCCAUGGUGUGUCUGUUGGAGUGUGAGGGUCACAUCUCUAACUCACUCACAUGGGAGGUGUGUAAACGUGCUGUCACACUGUCGCAUCAGCAUCCUUUGAUUGCUGAGGGGGGCGCUCUGUUCAAGAGAAAGGGAGAGGAGCUUGAGUUGACCUCUCUUGACCUGAACUCUGACAGCGGACUGCUGCAGUCGGCGGCCGCAGAGCGUUUCCAGGAGGGGGAUCAGGAUGAGAUACCAGUGGAGCAGCGCAGUGUCCACUAUGACUCAUCACUGCUGGACUCCUCUGAGGACGGAGACGACCUGCAGGGCUUGGAUCUCAGUCUGGUGGAUGAAGGGAUGAAGCUGAGGGAGGAGAGGAACGUGGAGAGCGACAGCCACCUAGAAGAGGAUGAGGAUGACAGCUCAGAGGCCGUCAUCCUAUCCAAACGCUUCGGUGGCUUUCAGAGAGGUCGCCAUGGGUACCGGAAGCUGAUCAGCUCACCCAUCAGGCCCCUUCAGAAGCGCUACGGUGGGUUCAUAGGCGUCCGCAAAUCUGCCCGCAAAUGGAACAGUCAGAAACGUGUGAACCAGCUGCUCAGACAGUAUCUGGGCAUGAGGAGCAGCCGCAGCGGCAGGUUCAACAACGUCCCCGUAACUCGUGUCUGGAGGCAAAACAAACUGUGAUGUGUUUCCGCCGCUCUCCCCAUUACCUCAACCGAUCAUCACGUUUUCAGCAGCUCACUCCAGUUUGAACUGUGACAUCAUCAUAAACCGCCAUCAUCACCCUCAUCAUCAGAAGAAGAACACACUUCGCCAUCUUGCUGCCUCUCUCCGUGUCUCUAAGUAACGAGGAAUGUUUUGACCGUUCUGUCCUUCUUAUCCAGCAUAUUUACAUGCCAUUCUGUGAAAUAAAAGAAUUAGAGAAGUGCAAUUGAAUAUAUUUUUGUGUGUUGGUAUAAUAAAAGGGCCCAAAUGAAAUUUGGAAAA